UUCACAAGCCUGGAAGUCCUUAGCCAGUGCAAGUUCUGCUUCAGCAGUAAAGGCAGAGAGAUCGCUCACAGGACUUCAGCACCGAAGACAGCUCCAGACUUGUCUUCGGAAGAGCAAGCUCCCUGAGAACAUCAACAAGGUGAAAAAUGGAAACCAGAAGUAAACCCCAGCUCCUCCUGCUCCUGACACUCUGUAGUGUCCUCUUCUCCCACACGCUGGCAUGGCCACUUUUUGCAGCACCUCUUUCUCUGAGGUUGGGUGACAGAACACCACUUGAAGGAGCAAAUGAACCUGACCAAGUUUCAUUGAAGGCAGACACUGGAAUCUUGCAUGAUGCGUUAACUGAAAAUGAAACACCUUAUUAUGAUGUAGCCAGGAAUGCCAGACAUGCUGAUGGCGUUUUUACCAGUGACUAUAGUAGACUCUUGGGUCAGCUUUCUGCCAAAAAAUACCUUGAGUCCCUUAUUGGAAAACGAGUCAGCAGUAACAUCUCAGAAGACAGCGCGCCAAUCAAACGUCACUCGGACGCCGUCUUCACUGACAACUACACCCGCCUUAGAAAACAAAUGGCUGUGAAGAAAUACUUGAACUCAAUCCUGAAUGGGAAGAGGAGCAGUGAGGGAGAAUCUCUCAAUUUCCCUGAAGAGUUAGAGAAAUGAUGCAAGCGCUCUUUGAACAAAGCUGCCGACAGCUUCCCAGCGGAUUCUUGAAGGAAAAUUAUAAAGUAAUUAUAUUUUGAGUUCGACCUAAGUAUUCAAGAAAACAGCUUCAACAUCAAAGCCAAAUAUAUUGUUUUGUGAAUGUUGUGAUUUCCUUUAUUCUACUAUAACUGUGAUGUUUACACUGUAAAUAUUAUUUAGAGUACUAAAAUUAUCUUCAACUCUUGAAAAUCCUGUAACUCACAUGCUGUGUGUUCUCACUAACAAAAAUAUAUUUAAUGAUAAGUAGACACUAGGUUAAUCCCCACUCUGUGAGGCUCUUUGGAAGGGUGGUAAUAAAGCAAAAUUGAUGUGUUUAUUUAUAGAGUGUACUUACCCAUUCAGAAGCGUAGAGCAAUUAAUCAGCGCAUCUAAAUUUGAAUGCUAAGCAGAUUGACUACUUGGUUAAAUAAACCUCCAAAUGACUAGAGAAUAUUAACAAUAACGAGAAAAAGACAUUCUUCAGAAAGACAUUUUUACAAACGGUUGUACUUUUCCUCAUUUCUAGGUAGUCUUUUUUCUUCCUUUUUUUCUUUUAAUGGGAUGGCGGCUAUCUCAGGUUUGGAUCUUGAAUUGUCAGACACUGUCUUGUUCUCUCACGUUUUCGUCAAGGAGAACAGCAGCCCCCUCCUUCGGGCAUGGACUUCCCUUUACGUUUGUGCUGGGGGAGGGGGUGAGAUGGAAAAUGAGUGGAACUCUUGUUCUUCAGUAAAAAGCAAGCUUUUGCCACAAUCACUCAGAAUACCUGUCUGCUCAGAUCAGCUCCCUUCCCGGGAAAGGAGAUUUGGGGAUGCACUAGUUUUUUCUCAACGUGAUUGUAAGAAAUUAA